AUGUCAACAUCUGCACGAUUUACUUGGUUAAACCCAGGCCUUUCUGCUGGUCCGUCAGAUGGCAAGGAAAGUCCACAACACCAGGAAGAUAUCAAACUUUCACCAAAGCAACCUGCCGAGGCAGAAGGCGGAUAUUCCUUAUCAGACUUUCUUUACAACUUUCAGCAAAACGAUCUUUGUUGCCAAGCACCCUACAUACCGCAACAUCAUUACCAGCCACGCUCAAAUACGAAAAUCAUCCCCGAUACAGGGACAGGCGCCUCUAGCUCGCUAUACCACCCUGGCUUGACCUACGAGACGAAGUAUGAGCCAUCCGACGAUUAUUGGUCUGGUGUUACCUUUGCAGAUACCAAUACAGAGGGAAAGGAUGAUACCUCUGUCGAAACCGAGAGGUUUCGUUUCCGUACCAUCCUCCAAGCUCCAACUGCAAUGAUCGAUGAAAGCGGAGAUCCACUGUUGAGUUACCUCAACAAGGCCCAAAUCUAUUACCUCACGGUAAUGGAUACGGCCCCACCCGCAACAACUGAAAAGGUGACCACAUACCGGACAUUCAUUCGAGCCACAUUCGACCAAGAGCAGGCAAGGUCAAACCCAGCAGCCUGUUGGCAGCUAUGGAAAGAAGGACGAGGUGUAUAUCCAGAACAGCAACAAGAAGAAACACUAUUUGCUGUCGAGUACGCCGGAGGAGACAGUUCCCAGUUUCAAAUUGAGCUUAGAGGAUUCGAUGGCUUCUCUAUGACCUGGUCAAUAGAUUCCACCGCCCGCUUCAGCUCAUGCCAUAUACCUAUCUGUUUCAAUUUUCUAUCUACGGACUUUAUACGCUCAAGGGGUGUUCGAGGAGUCCCCGUUCGGCUUUGUGCUAAGACAGAACAAGUGACAGUUGACCAUAUGACACCAUCGCUCACAACCCUGGAGUCAGAAGUGUGUUUCUGCAAAAUCCAAGUCUUUCGAGAUCACGGCGCGGAACGGAAACUGUCUAAUGAUCACACCAACUUGGAAAAGGCGAUUGAGAAACUGAGACAACGAAUUUCUCACGCAGAACUGGGAUGGGGGUCCAGGAAACGCAAGCGUGGUAAGAGCAUAUCUUCCGCGAAGGGUUUGAAGAAGUCUCCACCGGACGAUAAAUCCCACCAUUUGAGCCAAACUGGUCUACGGUCGAAACUAGUCGGGUUUGAGAAAAUGGCGCUGUCUGGUCGAUCGACGACUUUGCUAUCUCUCCGGGGUGAUAAGGAGGACGAUCCUGAUCUAUAUCCGGUUCGGUUGGAUGAUGGGUAUAUCAAGGCACCUGUCGAGAUUGCUGCGGGUGCAUCUACCUGGAGCGAAUAUUCGGAAAGAGUGUCACCGAGAAGAUUUAGUCUUUCAAAUAAGGAUACUACGGCUACUCCGCCGGCAGCUGGUAGGCUACCUGUGGAACCUAUCAAGGUAAAUCGCGUUGAUUUGACUGAUCAAGUACCCGCAAGUCGGCAUCUUAAUUCAGUUGCAUGCUUUCAUGUUCGCCGUUUGGAGAAUGAACUCCAUGAAUAUUAUCGUGCGAUUUAUCUGUCGGAGCGCAAAAUCCAAGAGCUUGCGAGGAAGAUCUUUGAUAAAUAUCAGAUCAAAGCGAUGGAUAGUGUGAAUUUAUUUCAUAUUGAUCAGAAAGGACUCAAGAUCAUGGUCGACGAUGAGUUUGUGCAGCAAAUGACAGAGGGACAGCAGAUGACAAUUGACGUCCAUCAAAGCACAGACCAAGGUGACUGCGCAGGUAAGAAAGGUUCUAACAAUGAGACAGAAGAAAGGUCAUCUGUCACGCUGCCUGUAGCUCAAGAUGGGCAGGCAGAACAGAAGCGGCGGCGAAAGAAGACAUCCGAGGCUCUAGAUGAUGCUGAUAAUGGUCUCCCACUUCCGGAGAUGCCAAUUGAGGAGAAGACACAGACGCGGUCAGGAAGGCUGCGAAAAAAGCCCCGGCUACUCAAGGGAUUUGAGAUUGAUAAGCUUUAA